GAGCAGGGGGAGCUUCAGGCUUCGCCAGCUGCACACUGGAACCAUCCCCUGUGCGCUCAAAAUCAGCCCGAAGGUAAAGAAGUGGGGAGAAACGUGAGGAUGAAGAGGAAGAGCGUCGUUGGGGCUUAAAGGUGCAGCCAUGAACACCCACGUGGGGGUCAGUGAUGAGAAUGAAAGCGGGAUCCCCGUGGAGCAGCUUCUGCGACCUCCGCUUCCGGGAAGGAAAGUCCACAGCGAGAACAGACGAGAUGGAGAUGAAGGAAGUCACACAAGAGGUUGGGAAAGAAGAGGCAGACGCAGGAAGAGGAUCAGUAUUGAAAAUAUUGGCGAUGGAUCAGGAGAAGGUGGAAGCACGGAGAGCCUGUCCAGCUCCGGUUCGGAUCAAGUGGAAUCUGCAGAUGGGUCCACCGAAGUGCCAAGCGGAAGAUCCUUCACGAGUAAAACCCUUCAUCGGCAUCCUCCCCCGUCCCUCACCUUCAUUCAAAGCGCAUCGCCCAUCCCUUCGCGCCCUCAGAGAGCUUCGUCAUCCGGGAUGACCGCCGCGAGGCCACCCGGCCGUCCACCCAGAGACCCCCUCUGGGUGGAUGUGAGGACAGCUGGAAGCUUGUCGCGGACUUUGAUGAACGAAGGGGAGGCGAGCCACUUGGAUGAGAAGGGAGAGGAAGACGAGGAGGGCGGCGGCGUGAUGGACCUGACAAGCCCAUCUUGUCCCGCGGUGCUGGAGAGAAGGAUGAGCAAGAAGGAGAGGAAGAGAAUCAAGUGUGUGAGGAGAAGGCAGAGGAGGAAGGAGCGACUGAGGCAAAGUCAGCAGCAGUGUUCCACAGGUAGUGUUAGCAGCAGCGGCGGCGGCAGCAGCAGCGGCAGCGAAGAGGACAAAGAAGACGUGACUAAGGAGGGUUACGUGUGCGCCGUGUGCUUGGACAUCUACUUCAGCCCGUACAUGUGUAAGCCGUGUAAGCACAUCUUCUGCGAACCUUGCCUGAGGACGCUGGCCAAGAACUGUCCUGCCAGCACGCCCUGCCCGCUUUGCAGGACCAUCAUCACGCACGUCUUCUUUCAGAAGGAGUUAAACCAAAUGGCAAGGACGUUCUUCCCAAAGGAAUACGCAUGUCGGAAACAGAACUUCCAGAAAGCCUGUUGUGCGAAAUGGCCUCUUCCGAGCGGCCGAAAAUUCUUCCGAAUAUUUGGAGGUUUCAGGAGGCCAUCCAGUCCCGGCGCGCAGCAUCAGUUGCCCCACGCGGGAGGCGGUUUCCAUCUGAGCGCAUUGGACUUUGAUGACAACACCCGCAGCUGGCAUAUUGACAUGGAUAUGGUCAUCAUCUACAUUUACUCUGUCAACUGGAUUGUUGGCUUCUUCGUAUUUUGCAUCCUCUGUUACCUCUUUUUCCCCUCUUUUUGACAGCCUGGUGGUGAUGAUGAUGAUGAUGAUGAUGAUGAUGAUGAUGAUGAUAAGUAUAUGCCGUUUGCUUUACUGUGGAGACAAGCAGGUGGGAUGUUGAGUGGAGGGAAAACAGCGGCAGUGUCAUCUUGUUAUCAGCCAUUAAUAAACGAUUGAAAGGGUA